AGCGGAUGGGUUCCAGCAGGAGGGUGACGGUCGAAUCGCCGAUGAGGCACGAUUGCAGCACCGGCGAAUGGUCCGCGAUGACCGUCAUCCACCUCAGGCCCUUUGCGGGGAACCUAGCCAGCAGUUCCGGCGAGAGGGGCGUCUUGCCGUAGAUGCAUACCGCCCCCGUCUCUACCAGUAGCGACCUGGGGAUGUGCGUCCGCCGGACGAUCGAGUGCAGCCCGUCCGCGCCGACCAGGAAGCGUCCGCGAACCACGUCCCCGUUUUUGAAGCGCGCGACAACCACACCCGACUGGGCGUCGGCGUGGUACGACUCGAGAUCCCUGCCGUAGACGAUGCUGUCCUUGAUCGACUCCAUGAGCGUCUUGCGGAAAACGGUCCUGUCGACCGUGUGGAACGGAUUCAGCCCCAGGUUGCCGCCCAGGCCGCCGCCACGCCUGCUCCUGGACACGGCGGCUGUGAAGGGGUCCAGGUUGGUCUCUCCCACGGACAGAAUGGCGCACGACGCCAAAAAGGCCUCGUAGACUUGCGGCGAUAGGAUUUCUGCGAGGGCCAAGGCGGCUGGCCGCUGGAGCUUGAGCCGGUAGCCCUGUGGGCGAAAGUCGAAGGUCGAAUCGCGCUCGUAGAUCCGAAAGGGUACGUUGCCCUUGUGCAGCGCCUGGGCCAGACACAGGCCGCUUAUGCCGGCGCCGAUGAUAAGGAUCGGCUCCUCUGCGGUUGCAGGUUUGUGCUUUGUGGCGAAGCCGUUGAUGCCUUUGCUGUGGCUCUUGAGCUGCUGCUGCUGGUCUUUUAGCUGGAGAGUCAGUAACCCCAUGAGACUGUCGUCGGGCUGGCUCACGUGCGUGAUCUGCAUGCCAACCUGGUCGCACAGCGUUUCCCAAUCCUCAAGCUCGCGUUCUCUGGCAUUGAAAACUUGCAUCAUCAUCAAAUCACGAACGCGGAGCUGCUGUUCAUGAGUAACCGAGGUCAACCCCGGCGGGGGCAGCACCGUGUCCAUAAUCACAAUACGGGCUUGUGGGCGCUGCUCCAGCACGCGGCCCAGCUGUUGCAGGAUAAUUUUUGCGUCCUCGUCAGGCCAGUCGUGCAUAAUCAUGCGCAAAAAAUAAACGUCAGCGUCGGUCACGGGCUGUGUUUUAAAAAAGUCGUGCUCGGCGAACUCAAUUUUCGACUUGAUGCCUUGUUCGAGCUUUUUAUCGUUCAACGCGCUUCUGGCGGCAGCGACGGUCUCGGGAAGGUCCUGGACGAUGAAUUCGAGGUGUGGAAAACUUUUCAGGACUCGCACGGCCAGGUCGCCGUGCGAUCCUCCAACGUCGACGAUCUUGGCGCCAUUGGGCAGCGAGGCCCAAUCGAAACCUUGGACGGCGUGGUCCAUACUCCAUAAUCUUGAAUGGCCAAGGCUGCGCAUAUAGUUGUGAAAAAGAGUGGCAAGCUGCGGGUCCUUGCGCAUAUGGUCAAAAAAAGGCAGCGGCGUGUCAAGGGCGAGGUUAAAGGCCGUCUGGUCCUUGCAAUCCGUAUUUCCCCAGCGGCGCGUGGCAUCGGUGAAUUUGUAGGCCACGGGCAUGGAAUACUCCAUCAUCCACUUGGCCCAGCUCACGAGACCGUCCUUGUUGAGCAAGCCCAGCGAAAUGCGGUUGUGGGCCAAAUGACCGGGUGACGGCUCUUCCAGAAAGCCGUUGGCCACGGCCAUGCGUGCCACACCGCGGAGGGACUUUAGGGGCGUUUGGGUCUUGGCCGCAAGGUGAGCAUAGGGGAUGGGACUCCCGUCGGGGGGGAUGUGCUGCAACACGUCAAGGCCUAUGAGCCAGCGCACGCAGGCCAAUUCCUGAUACUGUGUGGGGUUGAUGGGCCUCCCUGGUUAGCAGGCUGCCCAGCACGCCGGUGAAGCAACGUCGACUUACGCCAUUUGCAAGGUGCUCGAGGUAUCCGUCGGUAUCGGUCGCGAGCUGAAUCAGUUUGGUGGCCGCCUCGAUGAGCUUUUUGCGCAAAGAUUGAACCGUGGGUCUGGAUGUGUCGUCCAAGAGCCCAAGACUUGGACGAGCCUCGCCAGGUGCAUCACCGAGCUGCGUUUGCAGUUGACGAAGGAGCUCAGGGCCUUGCAGCGCAAUCUCGUCAAUGCAGGUCUUUAGGCGCUGUUGGUGAUCCAUUGGUAACACACAAGAGGCUAUCCUACUUGCAAUAAGUUAGUCGGUCGCGUGAGAGCUCCCUGUAGAUGGACAAGGUCAACAGAUGAAUUAUCGGCUGUUCAAGGCGGCUAGUUAUGGCGGGUGCUUAGUCACUGUAACUGAAGCAUGGAGGGGAUUCUUGCGUCUAGGCCCAGAUGCUCUGCGUUUCCCCGAUCCGAACGAGGAGAUUGCCGUAAUGGCCGAUUCUGUAAAAAAAAGGAAAAAAAAAGGCAAAUAUUGACUCGUUUGCCGAUGGUUUUCUCGGGUUUGAUAAUGGCGGCGAUUGGAACUGGGUUUCGGGUUAAACCGAGCCUUUGCGCGCACCAUCUAGGAUUGGGCGGGAAAUACAUAAAUGGACCAGCAGCCGUCGUCUUUAUUUACAAGUCGACUCGAAACAUCAAGAGCUCAGCAAAAUGGCUUACCCGGAGCAGACUUUUGCCCAUGUUUUCGGCGAUCAAAGCUACGAUUUCCUGGGGCUGCUGCGCCGCCUCGGCCACGACAACAGCGACGCAGUCGUCUCUGAGUUUCUAGAUGGGAGCGCCGUGGUGCUCAAGAAGGAGAUAUCUCGACUGCCGCCGGCCCAGCAGGCGCAAUGCCCACGCUUUUCGGGCAUCGCCGACUUGGCGUCGCGAUAUAGCGGCAGCAGCAGCACCACCCAGAACCCGGUCCUCUCACAGGCUCUGACCUGCAUCGCCCAGCUGGGCCUGUUUAUCCGUCUCCACGGCGUCGGUGGUCGUGUCUACCCCACCCCGCACACUUCAUGCGUGUCCGGAGUGUGCACAGGGGCCUUGGCCGCUGCCGCUGUGAGCUGUUCGCAAAGCAUCUCUACCCUCAUCGAGCCGGCACUUCACGCCGUCGCUGUCGCAGCCAGGCUCGGAGCGGUGGCCUGGAACAUUUCCGGCAGGAUCCAUAAUACGGGGGAAGCAGGCGGUGGUUCUUGGUGCGGCUCGCCUGCCUCAGCUGCACACCAUCCGUCCUGGUCCUACCUUGUCCACAGUCCUAGUGCUGAAUCUCUCGAGAAUGCUCUAAAGGCGUAUGCCGCGGAGAGCAUGCUCCCCAUCACCUCGACCCCCUACAUUUCCAGCAUACUCGGACCCCACGAAUUCGCCGUCUCGGGACCGCCCGGAAUCGUCACCGGCUUCCUAUCCUCUGCCUUCGCACAGGCGCUGGGACACAUCAAGAUGAAACCUCUCAACAUCGGCGCCCCUUACCAUUCGUCAGUCUUGUACAGUGAACAAGACGUGCAGCAAAUCUUAUCCGUCCUGCCCCGCACCGGUCUGCCUCGCAGCUCGAUCCCCAUCGUUCCCAGCCACGACCGAGGUGCCUCAUCCGGCCCGCCGGCAACCCUCCGUCAUGCCCUGGAAGAGGCGGUAAGAGACUGUCUGCAGCGUCGGGUAGCUCUUGGCGAGCUCCCCCAGCGACUGGUGGGCAGUUGUGCUGCAAGAAGUUUGUUUCCGAGGCAGCUGGUGGUCCAGCCGGUCGCAUUCCAGGCCGCGGACAGCCUUGUGAGCUCGGUCAACUGCUUGCUGCCGGUGAACAACCUGGUUGCUGCCGCCGACAGGAGUCGACGAGGGCCGGCUUCAGAAUUAGAACCUGCCGCGUCCAGUUCCAGUCCGAACCGAGGACUGACGGCCUCCAAGACCAAGACACCGAUCGCCAUUCUCUCCGCCUCGGGACGCUUUCCCGGCCGUGCCGACACCAUGGACGCCUUUUGGGACCUCCUGGUGCGUGGGGUCGACACGCACGAGACGGUGCCGACCUGGCGCUGGGAUGCGGCCACGCACGUCAGCGACGACCCGACGGGCAAGAAGAACGUCUCGGGCACCGGGUUCGGCUGCUGGCUGCACCAGGCGGCGCAGUUCGACACUGCCUUUUUCAACAUGUCGCCGCGCGAGGCGGUGCAGACGGAUCCCGCGCAGCGCCUGGCGCUGAUGACGGCGGCCGAGGUGCUGGAGAAGGCCGGCAUCGUGCCGAACCGGACCGGCUCGACGCAGAAGCACAGGGUCGGCGUGUGGUUCGGUGCCACCAGCAACGAUUGGAUGGAGACCAACAGCGCGCAAAACAUCGACACGUACUUCAUCCCCGGCGGCAACCGCGCCUUCAUCCCCGGCCGCAUCAACUACCACUUCAAGCUCAGCGGGCCCAGCUACACCAUAGACACGGCCUGCAGCUCCAGCCUCGCCGCGCUGCAACUGGCCUGCAACGCGCUGUGGCGGAGAGAGGUCGACACGGCCGUCGUGGGAGGCACCAACGUGCUGACCAACCCCGACAUGACGGCCGGCUUGUACCGCGGCCGCUUCCUCUCGCGCACCGGCAACUGCAAGACCUUUGACGACAGCGCCGACGGCUACUGUCGCGGCGAGGCCGUCGUCACCGUCAUCCUCAAACGCCUCGAGGACGCCGUGGCCGACAAGGACCCCAUAGAGGCCUGCAUCCGGGGCAUCGCCACCAACCAAAACGCCGAGGCCGAGUCCAUCACCCGGCCCUACCCCGAGGCCCAGAUGCAGCUCUUCGAAGCCCUGCUGGCCGAGACCAACACCGACCCGGCCGACAUCAGCUACGUGGAGAUGCACGGCACCGGCACCCAGAUCGGCGACGUGGGCGAGACCAUGUCGGUCGUCCAGACCCUCGCGCCUGCGGGCUCCAGAGCCGCCUCGAACCCCUUGUACAUUGGCGCGGUCAAGUCCAACGUCGGACACGGCGAGGCGGCGGCUGGAGUCACCAGCCUGGCCAAGGUCCUGCUGAUGAUGAAGCACUCGAUGAUUCCGCCCCACGUGGGCAUCCACACCAAGAUCAACCACAGGCUGCCCGACCUGGCGUUGCACAACACGCACAUAGCCACAAGGCCGACCAUUUGGCCCAGGCCGCGGGGCGCAGUCCGCCGCGUUUUGCUCAACAACUUUUCCGCCGCCGGCGGGAACACGGCCAUGAUAUUGGAAGACGCGCCACCAUUGGCCGUCAUGUCCGAGGCCCCGUUGUCCGAGGAGUCGGACCAACACCAACAACAGGGCCUGCGGAGGCACCACGUCGUCGCCCUAUCCGCCAAGACGCCCGAGUCUCUUGUUUUCAACCUGCGCAACAUGAUAGGGUGGCUGGAUCGCCACGUCCAGGACGCCACCAGCCACGACGGGAACCUGCUCGGCAAACUGUCGUAUACCACCACCUCGCGCAGGAUGCACCACCCCCACAGGAUCGCAGUCGUGGCUGCCGGCCUAGGCUCGCUGAGGUCUGAACUACAGCGGCAGCUCGACCUGCGGACCAGCGGCGACGCCAGGAUGGCGCCCCCUCCCCCUCCCCAGCGCGGAGCGAUAGGGACAGGCGUCAUCUUGACCUUUACCGGUCAGGGAUCCUUCGAGCGGGGCCUGUGCGCCGACCUGUACGACAGCUGCGAGUUUUUGCGGACCGACGUGCAGCGGUGCGAGCACCUCGUCCGGGCAAUGGGACUGCCUUCGAUCCUCGCGGCGUUCCAAAGGCCAGGCGUGAAUUCACUGGACGUCAGCAGCAGAUUGCUGUCGCCCGUCGCGCUGCAGCUCUCGCACGUCUGCUACCAGAUGGCGCUGUGCAACCUGUGGCGACACCUUGGGCUUGCCCCCAAGGCCGUUGUGGGCCACAGCCUCGGCGAGUACGCCGCCCUGUACGCGGCUGGCGUCCUGACCCAGGCCGACACCAUAUCCCUGGUCGCCGGCAGGGCCAGACUCAUGGAGGAACUCCUCGAGUCCUCGACCGUGCCGCACGCCAUGGUGGCCGUCAUGGCUCCCGAGGCCAGCGUGACGGCCGCUUUGGGCGGUAGUAAUCUCGCCGCCACUCACGGCGUCUCUGUAUGCUGCCGCAACAGCGCCAACAACGUCGUGCUCGGCGGGCCCACGGCCAGCGUCGUCAAGGUCAAAGCCCUGCUCGAGUUCCAGGGCCACAGGUGCCGCCUGCUCGACGUGGAUAUGGCCUUCCACACAGCGCAGGUCGACCCGAUCCUCGACGCGUUCCUCAAGGUCUCGUCAAGGACGCGCCUCUGCGACCCAAAGAUACCCUACAUCUCCUCGACUCUGGCAAAGGUGGUCCGCAACGCCUCGGACUUUGGCAGCGACUACUUUUCGCGUCACUGCAGGAAACCUGUGGACUUGCUCGGGGCCGUGAUUGCGGCCAAGGCCGAGGGGCUCGUGGGUGAAAGGAGCAUCGCGGUUGAGAUUGGUCCCGCGCCCGUUGUCUGUCGCAUGGUCAAGGAGGUCAUUGGCGCGCAGAUGCAGACAUUUACAUCGCUACACCGGCACUCUGAAACAUGGGAGCUGCUGGGAAAGGCCGCUGCUGGCAUCCACGUGGCCGGGCUCCAUCUGGACUGGGAUAAAUACCACGAGGACUUUCCCCAGUACCACCAGGUGCUGCAGCUGCCGACUUAUGCCUGGACGCUCAAGGAGUACUGGAUACCGUAUGUGAACGACUGGAGUCUCCGCAAGGGAGAGCCUGCCGUGAUAAUGAGCCCCAUCAGGUUCCCUUAUUCGUCCGUCUACAAGGUGGUCAAGGACCUGGACCUGGACCACCUUGGGAGCGGCGGAUCCGACGGCCUUGUCGUUGUCCAUCUCGACCUCAACUCGGACGAGGUGCAGUCCAUGGCCCAGGGACACAAGGUCUAUGAUGUGCCACUCUGCACUCCGUCUGUGUAUGCCGACGUCGCCUUCAUGAUAGGCGACUACGUCAGCCGAGUGACCGGCGCUCCCCAACAGCCUGUCCUGAUCAGCAUCGACGAUAUGCGCAUCCAUAGCGCCCUCGUCGUCAACAAAAAUCUUGGCAAGAAGCAAAUCCUGCGCAGCGAGGCCAGGUUCGACAAGGAGACCAAUAGCAUAUCGUGUACAUUUACCAGUUUAGAUAGCAUACACCGCGCCGUCGAGCACUACGCCAGCUGCAAGAUUCAUUUCUCUCCCGCCGGCGCGCUCGGGGCCGACGCCGCGCUCGAUGAGGCGUCUUCCAACGCCCUCCGGUGCCUCAAGGAGCUGCGAUCGGGCGUGGGGCAGGGCGAAAACACGUACCGUUUCAGCAGCAGCAUGAUCUACAAGAUGAUUGCGCGGCUGGCAGAAUUCGACCCAAAGUACCGCGGCCUCUCCGAAGUCACGUUGAACAACGAUACGCUCGAGGCCGCCGGCAAGAUCUCCUUCAAGGGGCUGGCUGCCGACAAGGACGGCGGGGAUGACUACUGGUUUUCCAGCCCGUCACGCCUGGAUGCCAUCUCACAGCUCGCUGGGUUUGUCAUGAACGGCAACGAGGGCGUCGACCUUGACAAGGACAUCUUUGUCAACCAUGGCUGGAAUUCCAUGAAGCUCCUCGGCCACAAGCUGCAUGCGGACAGGGACUACUACUCUUACGUGCAAAUGCACGAGGGCGAGAACAAGAUUUGGACAGGCACCAUAUACGUGUUUGACGAGGAAUACAGCCUCGUCUGCCUGGUGCGAGGCGUGGAGCUGCAAGGUGUGCCCAAGCGCCUGAUGCAGUACAUUGUCAAGUCGGCCAACAAAAACAUGUCUGCCGGCGUCGAGUCGGCGACCAGCCAGUCCAUGGAUCAGACCGCGUUUCUCAGAGCGCCGGCGACCAAGCCCCAAGCAAAGGCCGUGGUCCGCCGGGAAUCAUCCCCUGCAGCAGCUGCUGCUGCUGAUGAGGCGCCGCUGAUUGCGAAUUCCAGGCAGGACAACGACGGCGACAGGGUUUGGCAGGCCGUCCUGGGCAUAAUAUCCGAAGAGGUUGGCAUUGAAAGGGAUCAGGUCUCGGAAGACAGAACCCCCGCAGACCUGGGCAUCGACUCUCUCCUUUGCCUCGUAAUUUGCGGUCGCCUCCGGGACGAGCUAGACCUCGACCUGAACGAGAACCUUGUUUUGCAGGAGGGCGUUAGCCUCGCCGACGUGAAAUUACAUAUUUGUAGGCCGAAAUUCGACUUUUCCGACACAAGUAGCGUGGCGUGUCUCGACUCGGAGUCGGCGACAACAUGCAACCCUGCUACGCCGAGCUCGGACUGGAGCCUGGAUCGCGAUGAGAAGAUUGAGUGUACCAGCCUACAAGUUAGCCUCCAACAAGGUUCCGUCGAGCUCCUCGCGCCCGCCUGGUCGAUAUAUCUCCAGGGCAGCAGGGGAAAAUGCGACCGAACCCUUUUCCUGUUCCCCGACGGAUGCGGCGCUGCAACUUCCUACAUGAAUCUGCCCACGCUUGGCCAGAACACGGCUCUCGUGGCCUUCAACUCACAGUUUGUCAAAAAUCCAUCCCGUAUGUACGACUACACACUUGAACAGGUCCUGGACUCGUACAUGGUCGGACUUCAGAGGUGCCAGCCAAGCGGCCCAUACCACCUGGGCGGCUGGUCGGCGGGCGGCAUCUUGGCCUUUGCCGUGGCGGCGCGGCUAAUCUCGUCGGGUGAAGCAGUGGCCUCCCUGACGCUGAUCGACUCCCCGCCGCCCAUUGACGGGCUGGACUGCCUCCCAGACCGCUUCUACCAACACUGCGUCGACGUCAAUAUUUUCGCAAACGAAAUGAGACGCGGCUUCGGGCCCGAGGACGACGGCAGCGCCGCAAAGCCCACCCGGCCCCUGCCCGAGUGGCUGAUGCUGCAUUUUCGGGCCUCGACUGAGCUGCUGAGCCAGUACCGUCCUAUCCCGCUCCCCGCAGAACUGACGCGUGGGCUCAGGGUGAACAUAAUCUGGGCGGCCGAGUGCGCAUUCGACGGCCUGCACUACCCGGGGCUCCCACCGGUGGCCCCCGGCGAGGUGGAAGUAGAGGGCCUGAAAUUCCUGACCGAGAAGAGGACCGACCUCGGGCCUGGCAGGUGGGCCGAGCUAUUUCCCGGCGUCGAUAUCAGGACCGGCGUCGUGCAGGGGGAGCACCACUUUAGCAUGAUGCGCGGCCGGGGUGCAAACAAGCUGACGCAGCUGGUGCGGGCUGGGCUGGAUAAUUUUGCGUCAUAG